AUGCUCCGGAGUUGUAAACUCGCCGGAAAAAGCAACAACGGCGGUGGCAAGGUGAGAGCGACAGGUACGGGUGAAGGUCGUCUGACGGAGCCGAGCCAGAGUCGGUCCAUGCUCUGGCGGAGCAACCCGAUGCUCCGUCGCCAUCGCCGAGCAACCGCCACCGUCGGAGCCGCCAUCACAUUUCGGCCGUCACUCCCGCCGCCGACCACGUCCGGUCAGAUCGCCGUGCUCGUUGACUCCUUCGUCGACCUCGCUAGUCGUUCCAUCAGCCGCGAUUUGGCAUCUGCUCCGACCAUAUACUGUAAUUAUCAGAACCCGGCGCCGCCUCACUCAGCGGCGUCGGUCCACUGUGCAACUCCUCCUCUCAUAGCCAUCGGGUGGUGCGGCCGGUGA